AUGGAGGAAAGAUCUCAUUCACCUGAACCAGUGUAUAAUUACUUUGGUAUCAGAAUAAAUACACGCCAAGAAAGGCUCCAUCAGAAACUUCUCCAAAAACGUCAACAUAUCAUAUCUAAGUUGAUUCAGAAGAAUCCCACUCUUCAACAGCCUUUGGAGAAUAAGUCCUCGAAGCUGUUUAAGAAACUUUACAUACCGGUGAAAGAAUAUCCUACCUACAAUUUUAUUGGACCUAUAAUUGGCCCUCUUGGGAAUACACAAAAGAGAAUGGAGAAGGAAACAGGAGCUAAGAUCUGUUUAAGAGGUAAAGACAUAACAACAGAUCCACAGAAAAAUGAUGAAGACUUGCAUGUCUAUGUUGAGGCCAACAACCAAAAAUCAUUGGAUGCAGCAGUUGGGAUGAUUGAGAAACUACUAAAACCAACUGAUGAGGGAAUGAAUGAGCAUAAGUGGGGCCAGUUAGAGAAACUUGCCACAUUCUACAACCAUCCCACAGAAACUUGUGGGGCAAUAGCAAUGUCUCCACAAAGCAACUCUGGGCAGGGUUCUGGGUCUACCCUUGGCUCAACUACAAAAACACAAGACAAAGCUAAUAAAGAAAUUGAUGAAACAAACCUCUAUGUUUGCUUCCUACCAAAAAAUGUGGAUGACAACCGAUUAAUGGAGCUGUUCUCUCCAUUCGGUAAGAUUACUAAAGUAAGAGUUAUGAGGAAUCUAACCACAGGAAUUAGUAAAGGCUUUGGCUUUGUCAAAUUUGAAAACCAAAGUGAUGCAGUUGCAGCAAUGGCACAUUUCAAUGGGUACAGAAUGGAUGGACAUAUGUUGUUAGUAAAAAUAGCUGGGAUGUAUGAUAAAGUAAAAAAUCCAAUUGAUGUGCACUGUGACAAAUGUGGCCGGUACAACCAUCCCACAGAAACUUGCCGGGUAAUAGCAAUGUCUCCACAGAGCAACUCUAGGCAGGGUUCUGUGUCCAGCCUUGGCUCAACUACAAAAACACAUGACAGACCUAGCAAAGAAAUUGAUAAAUCAAAUCUCUAUGUUUGCUAUCUACCAGGAAAUGUGGAUGACAACUGA